AUGCUGAGGCCGUCUCCCGUUUUGUCCCCUCCGUCAGCAAAUAGCUCGCCGACUUCCUUUCGCUAUGCGCCUGCGAAGUCGCCGCCUCCCCUCUCGCCCCGAUCUGCUGUACCCUCUGGCCUCCCGACGACGGCUACGACAACACCAGGACGUGCAGUCGCCUCCUUGGCCUCGAAUCCGCGUCUAGCAGCCUCCCCGCGAAGCCGAAACCGAGCGCGAUCCCUCAUCACCAUGACGGUGUCCGACUCUGCUGCGUCGCCCUCUGCUGCCACACCUGCGACGGACGCCAAGAUUGCCGCCAGCAAGCAGCAGCAGCUGGCCGUCGCUGCGGAUGAUCCUUCGGCUACCACCGGCGCCAAGCCUCAGGUCUCAGCACCUGCUCCUUCACAGCAACCCUCAUCGGAUGCCACAUCCAACGGCAGCGUCUUCACAUCCCCCUCAAAGCGUCGCGGCGAAGAAAUCGAAAAAUACGCCACCUUGGCCCAGGCGGAAGCCGCCGACGACGACUCCACACAGCCCGCAAAACGCGCCCGACCAGACGAUCAACCCCCAAAGGUUCUACCCAUUCGCUACGAAUUCUGCCCUGUCGAGGACAUGGUCGAGCUCAUUGCGCACAUGCUCAACGAGCUCAUUGCAACUAAUGACGCCAUUCGUACCACUAGCGGCGGUCUUACACGAUUUCACUCGAGGGCUGCGCCGGGAAUAUCAGUUCGCGACUAUUUGCACCGAUUGGCCAAGCACGCUACCCUAAUACCACCGCUGUUGCUGUCCAUGGUCUACUACAUUGACCGCCUCUGCGCGCUCUACCCCGAGUUCACCAUCAACACCCUCACCGUGCAUCGCUUUCUCAUCACCGCCGCCACCGUCGCCGCCAAGGGCCUCUCCGACUCGUUCUGGAACAACACGACCUAUGCCCGUGUCGGCGGCGUGCGACUCGCGGAGCUCAAAAUGCUGGAACUCGAAUUCCUGUAUCGCGUCGACUGGAAGAUUGUGCCCAAUCCAGAGGUACUAGUCGCGUACUACCGUGGGCUGAUUGAGCGCACUCCAGGCUACGUCCUGGAAGGCGAUGGCACCGAUGACAUGGAAGACGACAGCCCAGAAAAUGACGACGACGACGAGUAG